UUGUACUUGACAUUCAUUGUUAAUUACCAGAAGAUUUAUUGUUACGUUUUUUGCUAAUUACUCUUUAAAAUGAGUGAUUGGGUGCAUUGUAAUAGAUGUUCCAUGAAAUAUAACGCCCAGACAACAUUUUUUUUGGUUGAAUGCGGCCAUAUAUUUUGUCAAAGAUGCGUGGAUAAGAUAAAAAUAUCGAAAAAAUGCUUAAUAUGUAAUAAAAGUGGCAACGCUUUACCUCUGAACAAGGAUGUGAACCAAAAUGUGUUAGCAUUUUUUUUGCCUUUUGAAGAUAUGCUAAAGAAAUGUCUUGAAGUUUAUAAAUUCCAACUCCAACAUCGCAACACGCUUUACCAAAAUCUUCUGGAAAAAUAUAAUUACGCCAAGAAAGAAUACAUAACGUGCCAUAAUACUAACAACAAGCUAAUUAAAGAAACUCAAAUGCUUCGUUCAAUGCUUCGAUCCGCAGGUAAAAAUCCUCAAGGCUUUUUAACAAGUACUCCACUGUCGCAAAAUUCUGAUAAUAAUCUAACUUUCCAAAACACUUCUAUAAUGUCUUCUAUUCCUCCUAUUAAGACACCAACUCCGUUUAAAGAUUAUUCUAUGAUGAAGAUGUUUCCUGGAUAUCCCAAAAGAUCGCAACCCUUCAGUGCUGGGUCUUCUCAAGGCCCCUCUCCAGCUCAACGAGUGCCAAUGGGGUACUCCGGACUCCAGGAACGAGCCAUGAUACACCGAGGAUCUCUUGACACCAUGCAUUCUCUAGAGGAACUUCGACGCAAAUCUCAGAUUGCACCUAACAACAGAAAUUGAAUUAUAAUAAUUUAAUUUAAAUAAUGCAAAACUGCAUACAUUUCAAGGUGAAGAAGGYUGUUUUUGUGUUAGUCAUUUAAUUUUAUGUCGAAGUUGUAAAGUAAUAAAAUGAUUGUUCAUUGAAAUGGAAAUGCGUCUGUAUUGUGCUGAUGCAUUUCCGAUGUUUGAGUGUACAAAAUAUUGAUAAAGAUAUUUGUUCUAUGGAUGUAUGCACUUUUGCUUUGUUUUCUUAUAGUAACUAUCAGUAAUUAUGUAUCGGUAAUCAUUUAUGUUUAAUAAAUAUAUUUUUUGAUAUACUCGAA